UCAGCCGACGCUGAGAUUUUGGUGCGUAUUAUUAUCCUUCUACAUCCUCAUGUUCCCGUGCAGCGCUAGAUUUGUGUUGCACCACACAUUCUGCCCGCAUAUGAGGGAGCAGUCGUACGAGGACGAACUCAAGAAGAUGCACACCGCGGCACGGCGGUGCACUCAGUUUGCCGUGUUGAGCUGGACGAUCCCCUCAUCGCCCUUCAAGUCUCGCUGA